GUAAGGUAAAAUCUUACCUUUUUCGAGUUUUCAAAUCUUUGUGCGCAUGUCGCAAUUAGGUGGAAUGUUUGUUGAAUUUGAAUGUUACCGUGGGUUUUUACCAUUUAUCAUUACCACAGGCCACUGACCCAGUGACUUGUGGUUUUUACCAAAAACAAAGUUAAUUACAUCAAAACUUUGAUAUUAAACGUAUGGUAAAUAUAAACGAAAACACGCACUACAAAGAACACAUUUUGAAUAAAAAUGCAAUAUGUCUUCUUCGGACUCUGAGGACUCCUACGACCACGAAGACUAUUAUCGCAAAUAUUGCAGCUGUGACGAAAGGGCACCUCCACUGAUUAAAAAAAAGUCUCGUUUAAUAUCCGCCGCCGCCCAUGACCAAUUGGAAAUCUUCAGCGACCUUCUCGACUCUCCUAAGUGGAACAACGUCCGAGACGUAAAUGGCAACAACUUACUCCAAAUAGCGGUUAUCCAAGAGAGCAUCGAAGUCUUCGACUAUUUGUUAUCCAUACCGGAUUUUCCACUCGAGUUUAAGAACAAAGAAGGCGAAACAGCGUUGGGUCUUGCACUUGAUCAUGCCCGCUAUAAUGAUAUAUGGAGAGAUGAAUACAUUACAUACGAACUAAUAAAAAAAGGUGCCUGCAUUGAUGAGGUUUGUUUUGAAGGGGACUCACCGCUACACCGUGCCUUAGAACGUCAUUACUAUAAGUCAGCCAAACUUCUAAUAGAACGGGGGGCUGAUGUUAAUUUUGUGACUUCUUGUCAUAGGACCCCCCUUGACAUAACUGUGCGUAUACGUCAAAGUGAACUAGUAAUGACUUUGUUAGCGUAUGGAGCACAACCUGCAGUCUGCCAUUUUGAAUGGUCUGUUUUAUACAAUAACUCUUUUGAAGCACAAGAAACUCUAUUUUUGUACAUUUAUGAUCAAUACUCAAACCUAGAGUUGUGCCUGGAUGUGUUACUAAAACUUGCUGAGGCGAAAUCUCCACUGUUCUACCACAUUAUUGAAUGCCCUAUUAAAAUAACAGUUCAAUAUGAGUCUUUAUGUCUCUACUUUCGUUUAUUGUGUUCUAUGAACGUUGAUUGUCUGCAUCUCAUUAUUAAAAAAUUUGGCCAUUUUAUAAAUGAGGUGUUUUCAAAACACAUACUCUCGGAUAGUUAUUGCACGGGUGGUAAGGGCAAGCCGAUUUCUUUAGAAAACUUAAACAUAAUGCUCAAAAGCGAAUUAAAACCGACUGUGAUUACAUUUAUUAAUAGUGUGAAUAGUAGCGAGAUAUUUCAGGAUUUGAUAGCGCUGGGAUAUGACGAAACAGCCAUAACGCAACUCUACUGUUAUCUAUUAAGUUAUGGUUUGAAUAUUGGAGAGUUGGAUUUGCAAAUUAUAUAUAAAAAGUUCGGUUAUUGCGAAUUGUUCAAAAUUCUUUUGCACAUGGACGUACAGAUGGGUGUUCCACAACGUUACACAAAAAAUAUAGUGCCUGUGUUUGCGUACGAUGUUAAUAUGAAUUUAGAACGUUUUCUCCAACAGCGCAGUCAUUAUUGUGCGAAUAGUAUUAAAUUAUUACGACAUUAUUUCGUCCAUCCUAAAUUAAAUGAUGAAACGGAUGGUUAUUCAGAAAAACAGAGUUCUCAAGAAAUGCCGUUGUUAAUAGAGUUGGCGCGAAAUGUUUUUAGAAAGUUUUUUAUAAACAAGUUUAAAAUCAAAACGUGCAAAGAGUUUUACUCGAGGCUGAAUGGCUUGCCAAUCAGUAAUAUACACAAAAAGAUUAUUACCUAUGAAACGAUUUUGUAUUAAAGAUUUUUA